UUCCCGAGUCAUCUUGGCCCAAGAGGUCCUUCCAUUACUUCUCCCGUUACCCAAUCACUUGCAUCACAAAGUUCCCAACCUCUUCAUCAGCAGUGGAUGUCAUCCCAAGCAAAACAAUCAAAUGUAGCUUCUUUACCUUCCUCUUCUUACAGACCCCAGAUGAGACCACCAACUAUGCAGCAAAGGCCUCAUCUUCCACAGCAUCACCAACAAACAUCAAUUUCUCAGCAGCAACAGCAGCAGAAGCAACACCAACUACAACAAAUACAGCAUAUGCAACAGCAAAGCUCACUGCAAAACCAGUCACAAGACAACCAUCCACUUAGGAAUCAACCAAAUAUUCCUUCACAACAUCAAGCUUCACAAGCUCUUGUACCUACAGUGCAAAAGUCAAAUGUUCAAGCUUUGGCCCAACCUGGGUUGGGAUCUAAUGAUACUGAAGAGAUCAGUAAUGAUAUUAUAAGCAGGAAGCGUAUACGAGAAUUGGUAACACAGGUUGAUCGGUCUGAAAAGUUGCGUCCUGAAAUUGAAGAUGACCUCCUGGAGAUUGCUGAUGAUUUCAUUGAAUCUAUAGUUACAGCAGCUUGCCAUUUGGCUAAGCAUCGAAAAUCAACUACAUUAGAAGCGAAGGACAUACUUGUACAUGUAGAGAGACAUUGGAAUAUGUCCUUGCCUGGCUUUAGCGGAGAUGAGAUCAAGUGUUACAAGAAGCCGUCCACAAAUGAUAUUCAUAAAGAGAGGCUUGCAAUGGUAUGUUUGGUUCUAAUACUGCAAUCCUCAGUUAGUGUUUCUGCAUUUUCUCUUUCUUAUACUUGCAUUAUUAUUAUUAUUAUUAUUUAUCAUUGGUCACCAGUUUGA